AUGAAUCUCCCAUCGUCAACGGCGACACCGACUCCGGUGACGUCAACUUCGCCGUCUUCUGAUCCCGCGGCGAUUUCUCCCGAGAUAUGCGGUACGUGCGAAAACCGAGACGCCUGGGUCAUACACGCAGCACGCCUCCGUAGCGUUCUCCAAUUCUUCUGCACGCAUUGCCUCCUCCUUAACCAUCCGCAGUCGUUUUGCCCCUCCUGCUUCGUCUUCUACGAUUCUUCUCCUCCUCAUCCUUCUCGCCGCGUCACCUGCUCCAAGUGUGGAUCUUACUCUCACAUCGAGUGCGUCGGCGAUGCAAAAUCUCCUCCUUUCCAUUGUCCUCCAUGCCGGGAAGAUAACGAUAGCUUCUCCUUCUUCAGUCCUAUCAUCGGCUCCGACGGGUCUCGCUUCGUAGACAAAUCCCUCUCCGUAGCCUUUUUAUGCGCCGCCAAGAUCGCCGCUUCUUCUAUGACCAAGGCCGUGUGCUACCAUAAAGGCGAAGCUGAGCGGAGAGGAAAAGAGGCCGCUUUGGCGAAAAAGAGAGCACGCGAGGCUCUUGAGGAGGUCAUCGCGCUCGACGACGCCAAGGAGAAGGAGAAGGAAAAGGAGAAGGAGAAGGAGAGGGAGAAAGAGAAGGAGAAGGAGAAGGCAAGGUCGGUGAUUCCGAAACUCAAAGAAGCAUCCGUUGAGCUCUCCGGCCAUCGAGAUCAGAAACCAAAACUGAGCACCGCAUCGAAUGGCGCUGUGAAAGAGAAUGUGAAAGAGAAGGAGAGCUCUGCUUCUACCACCAAGAACAAUGGAGGCGCACAGAAACAGAGCCCGACCGUUCAAUUGGGUAAAGUUAAGCAAGAAGGUGAUGCUUCUAAAUGA